UCUGGGCGCACAGAGCCGGACUCAGAUCAGGACAGAAGCAGACAAAGGACCGGGAUCAAACCGGGACAGCGUGGAGGAUAAGGUUUGGGACGGUGCAUGAGGAGGGGGGACAACCUGGAGCGACCCGCACCGAGCCUCGAAAGCUGCCGCCGGCAUGAACCUGCCCCGGAGCCCCGGAGCCCUCGGCCUGAUGCUCCUAGUUCUCUCCGCCCGCAUCCAGGUCUCCUCAGCUUCAGGACACUUUGAGCUUCAGAUCUUAUCAAUGCAGAACGUUAAUGGGCAUCUUCAGAGCGGCGCCUGCUGUGAUGGGACCCCGGACACCACCGACCGCCGAUGCUCGUCCGGUGGAUGCAACACCUACUUCCGGGUUUGUCUGAAGGAGUACCAGCUGAAGGUGGUGGCGGGAGGGCCCUGCAGCUUUGGCUCUGCUUCCACACCUGUACUGGGAGGGAACACCUUUUCUCUACGCAGUGGUCAGAGCGAAAAGGCCAGGAUGGUUCUGCCCUUCAGCUUCGCGUGGCCAAGGUCGUACACAUUGAUUGUGGAAGCCUUGGAUUUCAACAACGACUCAGCAUCCGGCGGCGCCGUCGGUGGGGGGUCGCUGAUUGAGAAGGCAGUCCACUCAGGGAUGAUCAACCCGAGCGGACAGUGGCAGAUUUUGAACCACAACGGCGCCUCGGCCCAGUUCCACUUACGGCUCCGCCUCGGCUGUGACGAACACUACUACGGCUUCGGAUGCAACAAGUUCUGCCGGCCACGAGACGACUUCUUUGGCCACUAUGAGUGCGACCACAAUGGCAAUAAGACGUGUCUGGAGGGUUGGUCAGGUCCGGACUGCAACACUGCGAUCUGCAGACAGGGUUGCAGUACCACUCAUGGAUCCUGUAAAGUUCCUGGAGAAUGCAAGUGUCUGUAUGGAUGGCAGGGUGAAUACUGCGACCAGUGCAUCCCUCAUCCCGGCUGCGUCCACGGCGGAUGCAUCGAACCGUGGCAGUGUCUCUGCGACACCAACUAUGGAGGACAACUCUGUGAUAAAGAUCUGAACACGUGUGGAACAAAGCAGCCAUGUUUGAACGGAGGAACCUGCAGCAACACAGGACCCGACAAAUACCACUGCUCCUGCCCCGACGGUUUCUCUGGAGUCACCUGUGAGAGAGCGGAUCGGUCCUGUCGGUCCAACCCCUGUCGCAACGGAGGAAGCUGCUCUGAAACGUCUCAUGGCUUCGAGUGUCUCUGUCCUCCUGGAUGGACCGGACCUUCCUGCUCCAUCAAUGUGGAUGAGUGUCAGAGGAAUCCCUGCGCCCACGGAGGAACCUGUCAGGACCUGGUCAACGGCUUCAGGUGCAUCUGCCCCCCCCAGUGGACGGGGAGGACCUGCCUCAUAGAUGCCAACGAAUGUGACACAAACCCCUGCGUCAAUGCCAGCUCCUGUCGAAAUCUGAUUGGAGGAUAUUUCUGCGAGUGUCUUCCUGGUUGGACAGGCCAGAACUGUGACAGCAACGUUAAUGACUGUCAAGGUCAGUGUCUGAACGGAGCUUCAUGUCAGGACCUGGUGGGUGGGUACGAGUGUGUAUGCGCCGCUGGCUUCGGAGGUGACCACUGUGAGAUGGACAUGGAUGAGUGCGCCAGUGGGCCAUGCCUAAACGGCGGCCGCUGCCACGACGACGUGGACGGCUUCCACUGCCUGUGCCCACCUGGGGUGUCUGGACGGCGUUGCCAGUCGGACACGGACUUCUGCAUCCACAGUCCGUGUGAAAAUGGCGGGCGUUGUUUUAAUCUGCUCAGUGAGUUCGUCUGUGAAUGUCCUGAAGACUACGAGGGUCCGACGUGUUCCCACCUGAAGGACCACUGUCGAACGCUGCCCUGCAAAGUGAUUGACAGCUGCACCGUGGCCGUGUUGUCCAAUGGCACAGCUGCAGGGGUGCGUUUGAUUUCGUCCAAUGUGUGCGGCCCCCACGGUCGGUGUCGGAGCCACAGCGGGGGGGGUCAGUUCAGCUGCGAGUGUGAGGAUGGCUUCACAGGGGCAUACUGUCACCAGAAUAUAAAUGACUGUGAGAGUGCCCCCUGUCUGAAUGGAGGAACCUGUAUUGAUAAAGUGCGUCAGUAUCAGUGUAUCUGUGUCGAUGGGUGGGACGGACCGACCUGCGCUAACAAUGUGGAUGACUGUAGCUCCGCCCCCUGCCAGAAUGGCGGUAUCUGUCGAGAUCUGCUCAAUGACUUUCACUGCGACUGUAAGAAUGGAUGGAAGGGAAAGAACUGUCACUCAAGGCUGAGUCAGUGUGAUGAGUCGACCUGUAACAAUGGAGGAACAUGUUUGGACGAAGGUGAUGCCUUCAGGUGUCAGUGUACGGCGGAAUGGGAGGGAAACACCUGCAACACCGUUAGGAACAGCAGCUGUGUGUCCAGUCCCUGUGAGAAUGGAGGAACCUGCCUGACGGACGGACGCUCGUUCAGCUGCGUCUGUAGAGACGGAUGGGAGGGUGCCACCUGCAGCCACAAUGCCAAUGACUGCAGUCCUCAUCCCUGUUAUAACGGUGGGACGUGUGUGGAUGGAGACAACUGGUAUCGCUGUGAAUGUGCUCCAGGUUUCACUGGACCGGACUGCAGGAUCAACAUUAACGAGUGCCAGUCGUCGCCCUGCACCAUCGGUUCCACCUGCGUGGAUGAGAUUGAUGGAUACCGCUGUAUCUGUCCAUCAGAGAGGUCUGGCACCCGCUGCCAAAAAGCGUCGCAGCGGCCCUGUGUGGUUGGGGGUUCGGUAACUCCGGACGGAAGCCGAUGGGAUGAGGACUGUAACAACUGUCAAUGCAACGAUGGGAGAAUCUCCUGCACCAAGCUCUGGUGUGGAUUCAGACCCUGUAACGUCCUCAGUCGAACCCGUGGCUCUGAGUGUCCGGAUGGUCAAACCUGCGUUGCUGUUCGAGAUGAGCUCUGCUUCGUGAAGCCUUGUCACGGUCUGGGCGAGUGCUGGAGCCCUGCCCACCAGGAUCUGCCCAUAGCCAGGUGUCAACCUGAAAGCACCUGUGCAAACGUCACCUUCACCUUCAACAAAGACAUGAUGAUGAAGGGUGUGACUGUAGGUCAGGUGUGUCAGGAGCUGCGAACCCUUUACAACCUGUCAUCCUCUGACUCCGCCUCCUCCGUCUCCAUGAGCUGUGAGCCGUCAUCGAGUGCCGACAACCAGAUCCACGUGGCCGUCAUGGAUGACCAGAGCAGAGGAGCAACCUUCAUUAAGGAAAUCACAGACAGGAUCAUGGAUCUGGUCAGUAAAACCAAUGCCAACAGCUCCAUCAUCGGCGCCAUCGCUGAGGUUCGAGUUCAGAGACGACAAAGUCACAACCCUGACAAACGUCUCCUCCCCCUGCUGGUUUCCAUAGUUAUCGUUGCCUGGGCUCUGGCCAUCUCCUCCAUGUUGCUGUGGUGUUUGUUUCGACGGAGGAAGCAGCACGCCCAUACCGGUGUCAGCACUCAGGCGGUGGCGACAGCGACGUUGUACACCCCUGCACUCGAGGACAACAACGCCCUCCACAACAGCAUGUGCACUGCCCGCGAGCAACUCAAUCACAUCAAGAACCCCAUUGAGAAAAACCCAGCGGCACACUACAAUCAGAACCAGCACCAGCAUCUCCUCCAUCAGAACCUUUACGAGGACAAGAACUCUGUCAGUGCCAAAACGAGGAGGUCAGACACAGGAAGUCAGUCGGACGAGGACGAUGUGGACAAGCGGAACGCCAGGUUGUCCAGAUUUCCACCGGCGUAUUCUCUGGUGGACUGGGACAAACCCAAAGCCCAACUCUGGACCUUCAAACAGGACAACAGGCGGCUGCAGAAUGUCAAACGGGCCGAGUUCAUUGUAUAGCCAUGAUCAGGAGGCGCCCGCGUUUGUACAAAGUCGAACUUAGGGAAGAGUUUUUUUGUCUGUUUUGGCCGAAUCAGACGGAGACAUGGACGUCAGAGCUGAAUAUUGAACUAAUCGACUGUUGAUGAUCAAGAUGAUCCAAUUCCAGCUCUUUUCAUUGGAAUAUUUUCAGCUGGCUCUGUCUGAAGACAUCAUCUUGGACUGACAACCAAUCGAUUCAUCAGGAGGAUAAUCAGUGGAUUUAUGGUCAUUUUUUUAAUCGCUAGGGGAUAUUUAAAAUGGUCUAAAACCAUCUGAGGCUUCGAUGUCUGGCCGUUUGGUGUCUUUUUUUUAUUGUUUCGACAGGCUGGAUGUUUCAUUUUGUCUCAGAAAACCAACUGUAAAAAAAUUCAAAUUCUUAAAAAUUGGAAUAUUUUCUGAUUUCUUUCCUCCUAUUUUUACCCCUUGGGCUCAUGGACCAAACAUCUAAAGCAUUAAUAAAGACACUAAUGGACAAA